CAAAAGUUUAAUCGGAGUCGUGCGCUCUCAGUGUUGUUAGAUAAAAGUGGACGUAAACUGGCACUGAUCAGCAAAACCCAAAAUUAUAACCAAUGGAAAGCCAACAUUCUUUGUCAAGUACCGACUUACUUAGUUUCGAUGAUUUGUCUAAUUCAGAUAGUGACUUUGAGCUCCCAGUAAAACCCACCAAGCGCAAAAAACAGGCAGAACUGAGCUCACUGCAAGCCAAGAGGCCAAGGCGCAAGGAUGCAUCGAGAGGUACUACACCCAGCCAGUCUAGUAGCCCCAUUCCCUCUACUCCAGAAGCCUCUCAGGAGGAGCAGUCUUCCCAAGGCACACCUAUUCAGGCCUUACACAAGCCUGCAAAAAGAGCAGUGAACUGUGGUGAUCACGCUAUCAAUGCAAAUGAUAUCUACAUUGCUGUCGUCUCCGGAACGAGUGACCUUGUGGCGGUGGUUGACGAGUGGCUGGACUAUUACAAGCAAAGGCGUGAGCAGGGACUGCUGGUGCUCAUAAACUUCAUCAUUCAGUGCUGUGGAUGCCAAGGAGUGGUAAGCAGAGAGAUGCAUGACUCCAUGCAAAAUGCAGAAAUCAUUGCCACGCUAACCAGACAAUUUAAUGAGAGAUCAUCAAGCUACCCUUUGUCCGGAAAGAGCCUUUCGCUGAAGCGAUUCCGAGCAAGCCUUUGCGAGUUUGCCCGCAUCCUGGUGCGCCUCUGCCAGAAUAGUAUCAUUUAUGAUGAUUACCUCCUCCCCUCCUUGCUGUCUUUCCUCACUGGGCUAUCUGACUCCCAAGUCAGAGCGUUCAGACACACUAGCACCCUGAUAGCCAUGAAGCUGAUGUCAGGAAUAGUGAAGGUGGGUGUGGCAGUGUCCCUUCAGCUGCAAACCAUCCAGCGGCGGUACAACCUGGAGCAGGGCAAGGAUGUGAAGGAUCAAGACCCUCAGCGACUGGAAGAGCUCAAGGUUUCCAUUAGCGAGCUGCUGGAAAACAACGAGGAGCUGUCGUCCAUGAUGAAUGCCACCUUUCGGGGCGUUUUUGUGCACCGCUACCGCGACCGUCUGGUAGAGAUCAGGGCAGCUUGCAUGGAGGAGCUGGGCAUCUGGCUGAGAACGGACCCUGAGAACUUCCUCAAUGAUGGCUGUCUCAAAUACUUGGGCUGGAUGAUGAACGACAAGAAAAGCAUGGUGCGUCUGCAGUGUGUGAGAAACCUUCAGGGUCUCUAUGUGGAGGAGGAGUUUAUUGGCCGCCUCGAGCUUUUCACCAGCAGAUUUAAAAAGAGGAUGCUGAACAUGGUGAUGGACCAGGAGUAUAAGGUUGCUGUAGAAGUGAUCAAGCUCUUGGUGUUAAUCCAUCAGAGCACGAAUGAAAGCCUGCAGGAGGAGGAGUGUGCUCAUAUCUAUCCCCUAGUUUACGCCACAAAUCACAGUUUGGCUUCCGCAGCUGGCUCGUUCCUCUAUAUGAAACUCAGAGGUAUGAUUGACAGUGAGAAUGAGAGGGGUACCAAUUCUGCCUUCUUCCGAGUCCUCGCUGCCUUCUCCGUCCAGAGUGAGUUCCAUGAGCAUGGAACUUACCUAGUGGACAGCCUGUGGGAGGCUGCGGACUCUGAGUUAAAAGACUGGCACUGCAUGACAACUCUUUUGCUACAGGAGGAUGGUUUGAUGAACGAGGAGGAGGAGGACGCACUCAUUGACUUGAUGAUAUGUGCAAUCCAACGGGCAGCGGAGGCGAAACCACCCGUUGGGAGAAUCUCUGAAAAGAAGGAACUGAGUGUAAAGCAAAAGAAGACCCAGGAACACAACAGGCAGCGUAUCACGGCCCAUUUCAUCCCUUUACUGACACAGCUGCUGGCCAAGUACUCAGCAAACGCAGGGAAGGUGAGACUCCUCCUGCGAGUGCCGCUUUACUUCGCCCUGGACAUGUACAACAGCACGCAGCGGAUGGAGAAACAUCUGGAUCAGCUGCUGUAUCAGAUCUGCCUUAUUGUAGAGAAGCACACGGAUACCGCUGUGUUGGAGGCGUGCACCAAACUGGUUGACACACUCUGCUCCGACAGACACUCCUUCUCCUCCCGCUCUCACCUGGCAUUUAGUCAGCUGUUUGACAGCCUGACUGAACACUUCAACACCUAUUACAGUGACCUGAUGCAGGCCCCAACUGAUGAUGAUGUUUUCAGUGCCUCAAUGGCCUUGAAAAGGAUUGCAGCUUUGGUCAGUGCCAAGAACCUCUCAGGUCAAAGCCUGUUUGAUUGCUGCAUGGACCUUAUUCAAAGCCGGAUGGAGUCCAGACAUCUUGAUGAAGAACUCGUUGUGGCAGCUUUGCGAUGCUCAGCCUUUCAUCUGAUGUGGGCCAAAGUUAAUCUGCCCUCACUUCCAACCCAGGAGGAAGUGAAACGCCUGAAAAUGGAGGUGCGCUCUUUCUGCAAAAUCUGCCAAGCGGGCCUGUCUCUUGGCCAAACUGAGAUCAGGGAUCAGGCAUUUGAGUUGCUGUGUGACCUCCUGGUGCUUUACAGUGCCAAUUCUGUUCGCUCUGAACCUGCCCUUCAAAACCUGUACUACCAGCCAUCUUACCACUUGCGCGCAGAAAUGGCGGCUUUUCUUCUGGACUACAUCUUCUUGGAUGAAAUAGAGGUGGAAGAUGAUCAGGAGCAGGAGAUCAAACUUCUUCAUAAGAAGCGUAACCAGCUUGCUGGCUACUGUAAAUUGGUAAUCUUCGGCGUGAUGGACCUCACCGCUGCCACUACCGUCUUCAAGUACUAUGACAAGAACUUUAAAGACUUCGGAGACAUUAUCAAAGAAACCAUAAUGAAAACAAAGCUCAUCAAUCCCGUAAUGAGCGCCCGUACUCUAUGCCUGAGUAUGCAGCAGCUCUUCACAGAGAUGCUGUCAGAGGGAGGAAGUAGGAGGGAUUUUGAUGAGAUCAGAGGUUUGGCAAGGAAGCUCGCCAUGACUUUUGAAAAUAACCGUCAAUCUGUCCGCAAACCAAUGGUGGCUCUUCACAUGGACGGCAUACGUUUUGCCUUCCUGGCACGUCAAGAAGAGGGAGAGCAGCACCCUAAUGUGGCCUUCUUGGAAAUUCUCAGCGUGUUCAGUUAUAAGCUGCUGCCACAGGACAAGGCCCCGCUGGCUGCAUACCUGAAAUCGCAGUGUCCUGCUGCUGCCCUCUCCUGGCAACCAGUCAACACAUAUCAGCGCUCCUUGGAAGGCAGUUCUGCCAAGUUUGGGCAGAAAUCUGCAGCCGUCAGUCCAGAAAACAUCCCGGUCGCCAAACGACGGAAGACCGAUGCUCCAGGUUCAGUGGCCACCUCCAAGAAAGAUUUCUGGUCAGAUAACAGCAGUAUCCCCAGUGGGGUGCCCACUCCAAUCCUCACCUCCACUACGCUUGGGCCCAGUGAAGACGUCAUAUUGCAAUCUGAUCUUGACAGCGGUUUAACAGAACCAGAGUGUGGAGAUGAAUUCUCCUCGAGAUCGGAGAUACAAGACGUGAUGCCCACCAGUAGAUUGAGCUCCACCGCAGAUCAGAAAGAACUACACACCCAGCUCACCUUACUUUCGCUGAACGAGGAUGACUUCAGAAAACAAGGGGAAGCUGAGUCUGACGAAUAUGAAAGUGAUUCUUCACAUGUGCCGCAUUCCCCCCUGUCGCGAAUGUAUCCUUGAUGAACUAUUUGAAGAAACACCACACCGCAAUUAACUUCUGAUAUGAGUAUUUUAUGUUAUAGGUAAGAGAUAGAUGUUCCUAAAUGAUUUUGGCCAUGGAUUGUCAUAGAAUUAGUCAGCAGAUUGAAAUGCAUAGUAAGGAGGAAAAAAAUCUCCACUGUAUUGCAUGCUACUGUGGGAAUAGAAUGAGAAAUGUUCAAAAGAAAUGUUACAUUUUAAUUCCUGCUGCUGUGA